GCCGGUCUUUUCUUUAUUCGCCAAAGACGUUUACUGUCUACGUGUUUUCACGCAAACAGGGUUAUAGAUGAACGCGCUUUGACUGCACGAUCACUGGAGUGUGACGUCUCAUAAAUAUUGACCCCAGGCCGUUGCUCGUCCUUUAUGACAGCCUAUCGGGAGGCCGGCUGAUUCGAUAUAUGUUGUGUUGAGAGCGGAGGUGUGUGUUUCACAGUUCCGUGUUUCACUACGAGCCUGUCCUGUCAUAAACUGCUGAGGGUCUGUUGAUCAACUGGUUUAACAUAACUGUAAUCCACGAUGGCAUCCGGCGACGAGGAUACGGGAGGUAGCUGUACAGCUCCAAAACUCGAGGAUGUCAAGCGGACGGUUGUCGGCCCUGCAGACGUUGUCAGUUAUCGAGAUCGUCGUCGGAGUACUGUGUUUCACUCUCGGUAUCCCCACAUUGGUGUUCACCAAAGACAACCCCUGCCUACCCUUCUUCUGAUCCGGAAUAUACACAGGAAUAGAGGUUAUACCGACAGGAUGUUUGGGAUAUUAACACCGAAAGAAGCGAAAGCUACAGAUCCAGCAAGACUGCGAUGUCUAGUAAUCACAUUUCGAGUGUUUUUAUCACUGGGAAUAGACGUUGGGUUAGUCCACUUCGCCUACGGAUCUGGUCAUGUGUCGUCUGCUUCACCGGAAAUGGCGGAGCACGUGCGGGGCAAUACACCAUUCCGCCAACAGUCUGCUCGCCGUGCUCAAUAUGACCGUAGGACUGGCCAUUUUGGUGCUAUGCUUAGUGAGCACUAUCGUCGGUUGGCAGCCAUUCGCUAUUCUGGAAAAAAUGGGAAGGUUGAGGACGAUUAAGGAGAUGGUGAAGGCCUAGACGUGCCUUCUGGACCGCCCUUGGCUUUUCUCAGCUCAAUAGUACCUUUGGGGUAAUGGAUAGGCGAGCGACCCAAAAAAUUUAGUUCCGGAAGUCUCUCAGAAUACUGAAGACUAUCGGGACUUACAUUGUCUCUUGAUCCUUUACAUGCUCAACCUCUCUGAGCUACUGUCUCAUAUCUGAUCGAAUGGAUAUCCUUGUCCGUUAUGUAUAUAUGGCCUAAAGAGACUGGAACUGUGAAAUAACUAAUUUAUCCCAUGUUUUAUUUUUCCGUAAACGGCUCGAUGCGGUGAGCUUUACAUACAAAUUUCCUGACCCAUCCGCCACCAUAGAUUCAGAUCGGAGAUGACGGAUCUUCAGCAUUAUGAGCGAACGCUUUAACCACUAGCUUACCCCGCAGCCCCUCCGGACUGAGAAAAGAAACCAUGGUGGCGAAUAGGUGUGUAUGGCAUGCUAAUAGUAAUUAUGAGCAUCUGAACAUCCCAGAUGCAUACGUAACGUAUCGAAUGUUUUGAGUUGUUCUCUCUUCUGGUAUUUUAGAUGCAACAUUCAUGAAUAUUCAUCUCUGUGUGUGAUGCAAAUGUGUUCAUAUGCCUCGGAUACUGGAUUCAACGUCAACACGACAGCCAAUUUGUGUUUUUGAAACACUUUCUCUCAUGAAUUUAAUCAAUGGACACUCCAGCAUUUGAUACGUUUCAUCUAACAUUAACCAAGCAAUUGGUUGUCAGCUUUAGGUAUUAAUUUUCUCGGUGAGUCACUGUUAUUUGUAGGAUAAUCGUUAGCCAACCAAAUGUAAACAGUUUCUUUACUUCCGUCCCAUUCUUUGCCUCAAUAUGUCUGAUGGUCAUGCCCGCGCUUCUCACAAACAUCGAGUUUACAAGGAGGUUACAUAAGUCGAAUUUUGCGUAAGUCGAUAUUUGGCAUCAAUCGAUAUUUGACAUAAGUCGAAUUUGGGCGGGUGCAGGAUAUCCAUUUAUCUGAGGCUCCGGGAAUCUCUCUCUGCUGAGUAGUGUCCCUUUGGUUUAACGGGAACGUAUAAUCGUGUGUUUGAAACCUUUUCGCCCGAUUGUAAACUGACAUAGGAAAGAAAGUACACAUCUGGUCCUUUGAUGUUUUUUCAGAAAAUCAACGUAAAUAGUGAGGCGCUGGCGACGUUUCUUUGCAUAAGAUAUCUAUGGCAUCACGUACACAAACUUUGUGACUUGUAAUUCGCAAAAACUUUGUUAAAAAAAUGUUUACGUAAUGUUUUCAAUAGUCCCAAAGCACUAGGUGUGUACUUUCUUUGUAUAUCAGUAUCAUAAAAGUCUAUGAUUAACAUGUCUUCAUGCAUGAUUUUACCCACAUCAAGCUGAUGAUAUAAUUUGUUUGAACUACAGUGAAGUAAGUGAACUGAUUAAACGUGAAACACUCCGACGUGCAAAACUACAUAUCCAUGGAGACAAGGAACAGGCUAAAAAAUAUUCAGAUUUACAACUGAAACAGUAUUGACUGUUUGCUAUUUUGCAGAAAACCACUGGUUGAAAUAUCAAUAUAUUUAUUCAAGAGUUCCUGGAAUUCUUUAUAUAUGCUGCAGAUUUUGGUAUGGUAUUUAUGGUAGUCAAUGACAUCAUGAGUGAGGAGUGAGUGAGUGAGUGAGUUUGUUUUCAUGCCGCUUUUAGCAAUAUCACGGCGUGGGACACCGCAGUUUGCGACGACUCAGAAUGAAGCACCGAGUGCAACACAAUACAUGAGUGUACAUAUUAACCUACUGACGGGCCCGAUGUAUAGCAUAAAACAACGAUGUACGUACGCAUACCGUAUGAAAUUUGACGCUUUGUAUAGUGGCACUACUUCAAUACUCAACUGACAUUUGAUGGUAUAUACUCAGUUGGGAAAGGUGCACUCAUAUACCUGUGUAAAUACUCCUAAGGACUGGUUUUACUUGUAUUUAUGUUAAAGUUUCUUUAUAAACUGCUUGCCUAAAGAAAAGUGUUCAUCCAUGGUGAUUGUGGUAAAAGGCGGAACAAAGAGGAACAGUAAUGGUUGGUAAUGAUUGUAUUUUUAUGCUGCUAUCGUUGUUUAUUUUGGACUUUACAUAAGGCAUGUAAGUUUUCGACAGUUGCUUACAGCUAGUAUGGUUUUGAAAAACGUUGUCAAUAUUUCUUCAUCAAAACCAGUUGCCAGACGUAUACUUUCUUUGCCUAGUAGUUUGUCUACCGUACCUGUGUAAAUACUUCUAUAAAUACUUUUACUUGUUAAUAUGUCUAUUAUGCUUUUAAAAAUAAAAUAAUUUAUUUUUGUUACAA